CUGGCCUGUGGGAGGUGUUGGGUUUCCAGUAGGAGUCCUUAAGUGUGUUACGUUAGUUUGCCAAAGUCACAUCCAGCAGCCAGCCAUGUAGAAAGAGCAUAACAAAUAACACAGACAGACAGACAGACAGACAGACAGACAGACAGGCAGACAGACAGACAGGCAGGCAGACAGACAAGUGGAGGAGGUGAGGGAACGAGUGAGUGAGGGAGCAGGAGAGGAGAGAGAAAGAGCAGAGGAGAGGAACAGAGGGACGAAAGGAAGAAGAGAAACGAGAGAGAGAGGAGAGGAAGGUCGCUAAGAGAGACGGAAGACAGACUUGACAGGAAGAGAGGAGAGAAGUGAAGGAAGAGAAGAAGGGGAGUGGGAACACUACCCUGGAAUAGCCAGGCAGCAACUAGAGCUGUAGCAGACUCCUCCCCCUCACCCCCUCCCCUCUCUCUCUCUUUCCCCGUCUCUCUCUCUCUCUCUGAGGCAGUCUGUUACUCUGUCAUUUGACCCGGCGAGAGCUCAGCAACUGGGAAGAACGAGGGAGAAAGGAAAAGAGAAAGAGAGGGAUAAUUAUUCUCACGACAGCCAUGCAGUCCAUCCCCAUUGGCUGUGUUUUUCUCUAAGCCAGAUCUCUCCAAUUUGGCUCUGGACCCGAUCUGACUGGACCUGUUGAACUGGACUUUGUGUUUCCUCUGUGGACGCUCUCCCGACACUGCUGUGUGGGAUUUACUCUGCACCGCGAGGAUCUAGUGUGUACUGCGUGUGUGCUCGCUGGGCCAUGCCCACCCCUGGUAGCGGGUCAUCCAGCGUGAGGUGUACACCAUGAAAGCGGGCCACCACCACCGAGGCUGUGCCUGCCAACAUUUGUUCCGUAAAGUCCUGGCCAAGUGUGGCUGCUGCUAUGCCCGGGUCAGAGACUCAUACUCAGCGGCGGGCAGCGAGGGUAGCAUCUCCACCUCCGUGGCGUCCCUGCCCCCGACCCUGACGGCGUCCAUUAGCUCCGCCCCCAACUCCCCGGGCUCGCGGCGUUCCGUCAGCACACUGAAGAGGUGGCUGACCAAUCCCGUCCGCAAGCUGAGCGCCGGGGCAGUCAACAUCUCCACCAGCGCCAAGGGGGAGCGGCAGGACAGGAAGUUGGAUGGGGGAAGCAAGCCCCCUCCUCCUAUUCCACCCCCACGCCACAGUCAUGACCUGGGCCUGGGCCUGGGCCUGGGAGGGCUGGGGCUGGCCAGCCCCCUGGGAUCAGAGGACCACCUCACCACUGUACUACCCAUCACACACAAAGAGAUGGAGUGCAGGUAUAAUUUGGCCAGUCCUGAGGAUCUCUCCCCGGCAACCCUAAACUCUCCCAGCUACCUGUCUGACUCACUACAAGGCUGUACUUCACUGGCCUACACACAUGAUACUCAGCCAACCAAUGUCUAUCCAGAUGACAACGGCUCAGUGUUGAUGGACGACACCUCCAGCCAAUCAUCAGCCGCAGCUGACAAUGAGGAGAGGAGGAGUGCCUUAGAGAAGAGCAUGUACGUACUGAAGGAACUCAUAGAGACAGAGAAACUGUAUGUGGAAGACCUGAGGUACAUAGUAGAGGGCUACAUGGCCACUAUGAAUACCAAGGGCAUACCUGAGGACAUGAAGGGGAAAGACAAGAUCAUAUUUGGAAACAUUCACCAAAUGUUCGACUGGCAUAAAGACUACUUCCUGGGGGAACUGGAGAAGUGUAUAGCAGAACCAGAGAGACUGGCCCAACUUUUCAUAAAGCAUACUUGGGAGAGCCGAAGGUCGAGAGCCAUGCGUCCUCCAAAACACGACCCUGAAAAGCCGCACUGCUUCGAAAGAUCACUUUUACGCUCAAUACAGCCACUUCAUAUGCGCACUCGCUUCGGAAUGGGAAGAAUAUCCUUUCUAUUUUAUUCAGAGAGGCGUCUCCAUAUGUAUGUGGUGUAUUGUCAGAACAAACCCAAGUCAGAGCACAUCGUCUCUGAGUACAUCGAGACUUACUUUGAGGAGCUGAGGCAACAUCUGGGUCACAGGCUACAGCUGAACGACCUGCUGAUCAAACCAGUCCAGAGGAUCAUGAAGUACCAGCUGCUGCUCAAGGACUUCCUCAAGUAUUACACCAAAGCCGGGAUGGACACAGAGGAGCUCGAGAAAGCGGUAGAGGUGAUGUGCUUUGUGCCCAAACGCUGUAACGACAUGAUGAAUGUGGGACGUCUGCAGGGCUUCGAGGGUAAGAUCACAGCGCAGGGGAAGCUGCUCCAGCAAGACACUUUCACAGUGGCGGAACAGGACAGCAGCUUCCUGUCCAGAGCCAAGGAGAGGCGCGUCUUCCUGUUUGAACAGCUGGUCAUCUUCAGCGAGCCAAUCGACAGGAAGAAAGGAUUCUCACUUCCUGGUUACACCUUCAAGAGCAGCAUCAAGUUGAGCUGUCUGGGGGUGGAGGCUCCGGUGGAGGGGGAGGCGGGCCGAUUGGUGCUGACCUCACGGGGGGCUGACGGGACUGUGGUGAGAUACGUGCUACAGGCCGCCUCCCCAGAGGUCUGCAGGGCCUGGGUCAACGAUGUGGGACAGAUCCUGGAGACCCAGAGGAACUUCCUCAACGCCCUCCAGUCUCCCAUCGAGUACCAGCGCAGAGAGGGUACCAACAAGUCUAACAGCCUGGGCCGGAGCAUGAGAGCCCCCCUCUCUUCGGCCAGCAGUCCCCUGCGCCCCCACUCCUCAGCCUCCAUCGACCGCCAGCGCCUGCCCUGGCUCCGGUCCUACAACACCUCCCUCCCCACCCUCUACCUGCCCAGCCAGUUGGGUCAGGGAACGGGCCUCCAGGGCACCUCUGAGACACACACACCCCGGGAGUCUCCUCUGGUCAGUAGGAACUCCCAGACAACAGUCUCGCCAUCUCACGUCCAGCUGGCUUUCACUGACCAGUCUGGUCUGUCUCACUACUCUCAGACCCAGACCUCCCUGCAGUGCCAAGCGGGGUCCAAUGGGCUGCAUAGCACACAGCAAAGCGCAGGAGAGGGCUGCAGUACCAGGGGCCUGCCUGGUGAGGCUGUACCUCCUCCUGUAUCUGUCUCUGGUCCAUUGGCCGGCAAGCGCUCCAGCAACCUGGCCCAGCUCAAUGAAGAUGACCUAUGAGCCCUGACCCCUAGGAGGAAGGAGGUUCACGGACCGCCACAGCUACAGAGAGAAGAAGGAGGGCCUCAUCUCGGCUUACCAUAUGUUGAUGCUAUUGUAACUUAAGGGUCCUUUUGAAGGUGGAUGGGGUGCUUCUGUAUGGAGCAAGGACUGGAUGGAGACUGCUCUUCUGGACUGUUGCUACUGCUUUUUCAGACUGUUACCGGGCGGUUCACCGACAUUCUGAGAAAUAUAAACCAUGAUUCUAACGGAAUAUACAGUAUGCGCAUUUCAUCUGAUUUUUUUGAGCGAUGUGAUUUGAGGUUGAAGACGUGCCUCUGCGUGGGCACCACUAAUGGGUAGCACCCAGCUAGAUGUUGCAAUGGCUGAGGUUACGAAGGACACUUAAUGGACAUCAGGUAUUAUGGUGACUUUGCUUGUUUUAUUAUGACGACUUUGCUUGUUUAAUUUUUCAUUUUGGAGAAUUUCUAUACAGUAUAAAUUGUACUGUUUACCAGAGAGCUGUGGGAUUUGUUCAAAGGAAGAAGAAAAAAGUCCAUUCCUGAUUGGGGAGGUCACUGGAGAAGUGUCUGUGUGUGAGUGCGCACGCUGCAGGCAUGUGUGUGUGCGUAUGUGCGCAACAUGCGUCUGUGUGUGCAUGUGUGAGUGAAAUGUGUCCGUGUGUGUGUGUGUGUAAAUAUGUGCGUAAAUUGUGUGUGUGUGUUUGUGUGUGUGUGUGUACAUGUGUGUGUGUGUGUGUACAGGAUCGGCGGCUUCUCUUCUUGUAAACAAACAUGGAUCUUUCGACUUUCUUUCUACUUUUCUCUCACACUGCUGGAUUCUUCCGACAACUAUUUCUAUUCUCAGGCUGUUAAAACAUGAAGUCAUUCCUCCACUGAGCGUAUACAUCUGUAUAUAUGUAGAACAUUGGAUUCAUCUCUCGUGGAACAGAAUUGUCCUGCUCUUACCGCAGUGUUUCCAAUGGAUGAGAACGAGAUAACUAUCGAUUGUUCUCUUAUUCUGUUUGACCCGAAGUUGGCUCUUGUUUGAUCUGGAGAUUCCAGACUAAAAAGGGGUGAGGGAGCCCCCUGGAGGCACUCUGCAGACAUGACGUCACUCUAAUGUCAUUUCAGACUUAAUGGUAUUUCCUUGAUUCCUUGUGUUCUCUGCAGCAAUCCUUUCUCUGUCUCUUUCUCUAAAAGUCAGAGGGAAGUGAGGUCAUGAUUAUGUUGGGAGAGAAGAGACGGGGAGAGAACUGGUGGGGAGGACACAAGGAAUCGAGGAGAGACUAUUGAGAUGUGGCCAGAGUGGUGGCCAUGCCACAGCCAGUCUGACGGGAAUGCUAGGGGACGGAGACCGACUGAUAUUUCAAACAUAUGUUUUCUUGAUGACAGGAGACAUGAAGGGGUGGUAUUGAAAUGUGGUGAGGUGUCACACAGUCUGUCAAUGAAGUCCAAUGACGACGUGUCACAGCCUUCUGCUGUGUUCAAGGAUCUCUGCUGGCUUUUGCUACUUAGUACACGCCAUGCACCUGGCUCAGGCUUACAUCUCUGCUUCUUAGAUAAAGGACAGCAGUUUAGAGUUAACUACUUGGGUUGUUGUAUCAGUUGACACUGUGGAUAUCAAGUGCUGCGUCUGCAUGCUCCGUGCUCAUCAACGUGAGACUUUUGCCAAAGCCAGGUGCUUUUAGAACUUCAUGUACUUCAAUUCAUUCUGCUACUCUAAUAUAUUGCCAACUGUUGUUUUUUUUUACACAUCAAAUCAAUUACAUGUAGUUGUGAUUUGUUUACUUCAAUGCCCGACCUUUCAUCUUCUGAAUAGAAAAAACGACUGUAAAACGAGAAGAGAUAGAAGAGAUGAUAGAUAGAAGAGAUGAUUUCAGCUCUUGGUGAAUUCUUCUCUUUUACCAGUAGAGGUCAGUGUAAAGCUUUCAAAUACAGAUAGCGGUCAUUGGAGGUUAGACAGCUGCAUCAAAGAUCAAUGUCUUCAAGUUACAAUGCCCCCUCUAGCUAAAUCUGUUUAAAAUAUCUCAAUUACAGUGACUGUUUAAAUUCAGAACAUAAAAGUUUGGUCCAAAACUCCGUCUCAACUCCUCAGUGCUCGUGGACUAAGGGGUGCUGUUUGUAAAGUUGAAGUCAUAGUGGCGAUUAUUGCUCUGGCAUUUUGUGCAUGUUACUUAAAUAUGAAGGAAUACCACUACAGAAAUUAAGAUACACUAAAGAAAAGAGCAGGACAAGGGCUAUAAUGAUGCCAUGUUUGACUGAAUAGAAUCGGUUGUAUUAUAUCAAAUAAAAAGCCUUUUGAAUUAGGAA